CUUUUAGAAAACUCUGUAAAAUACUACUUAAAAGCAUAGCUUGCAGCUCCGAAGCCAGUGGGUGUGGGUGGCUAUGCAUGUGGUGUUGCGCAUGCUUUCUCUCGCGGGCGGCUGAUGGAGCGUGCGAUGGCUGGUCCGUGGAGGGUUGACACACUGCCCCUGCUCGCCACUGCGUACGUGGCCUACCUUCUGGCAGGGGCAGCUGUGUUCCAGGUGCUGGAGUUGCCUGCAGAGCAGAACAUCCGGCAACGGCUGAUGGACUCCUGGGCAACCUUUAUUCAGAACCACUCAUGCGUGGAUGAUGGGACACUAGACCUCUUCUUGCAGGAGGUGCUGGAUGCGAGGUCCCAUGGCGUGCGGGUCGCAGCCGGGCGAGCGAGCAGCCCCUCCAACUGGGACUUCAGCAGCGCACUGCUCUUUACCGUCACUGUGGUCACCACCAUCGGCUACGGGAGCACCGCGCCGGGCUCCCCGUGGGGCCGCGCCGCGUGCGCGUUCUACGCGCUGCUCGGCAUGCCGCUCAACCUGCGCCUGCUGACCCGAGGCGCCCCGAUCCUCGCCGCACCGGCACGCGUCGCCCACCGCUGGCUGCGACUGAGAGGCGUCCGCCAGCGGCGUGCAGGGCCGUUGGUGCUGGGUGGCUGCGUGCUGGGUGCAACGCUGCUCUGCUUGCUUCUGCCCGUGGCCGUGCUGCCCGUCACGGAGGGAUGGAGCCCUGCCAAGAGCCUCUACUACGCCUUCAUCACACUCAGCACCAUCGGCUUUGGAGACCUGGUCGUGGGUUCGGAGCCCGGCCGAGAAUACGUGGCAGGCUACCGCACACUGGUGGCCGCAUGGAUUGUUGCCAGCCUCGCCUGCCUUGCCGCCACCUACCACGCAUUCUCUACGACGGCCCUCCAGCCCGAGGACGAGCGCUCACUCAUCGCUCCUCAAGACGAUGACAAACGGAAGAGUACAGCACGCCUGCUCGGCUGCACAGCAGCCGGGGAAUGAGCC